GUGUGUGUGCUUCGCUUGUGUUCUCUGUGACCACGUGCAGUAUAUAUACAAGAAAUAUAAUAACAAAGACAAUUGUUUCAAUCAACAUUUGCAAAUAUGCAUAAACCGAAGAGUAAGCAAUUGAAGAUUAGCAAAAUCAAGAGGAACAACCAGAAGAGAAAUAAAUUAUCUAAACAAGGGAAACUCAAAGAGCGAAGACAUGGUAGCAAAUCGACACAAUCAGUGAAAAAACAUAUUGUUGAAAAAGUUGAGGUCCCUAUUGAGAAUGAGGAGAGUAGUGAUCAGGGUGAGGAUUUAUUGGAAAUGGUGGAAAAAGAUGAUUUGAAAUUUUUACAUUCAGCCAUUUCAUCAAGAUCGUACCACUUAUUACGGAAAAUAAGAUUACCCGAGGAGAGUAAUGGAGAAGAAGAAUGCCGUUCGAGAAGAAGUAAAAAACAGAAACGUAAAUUGAGAAAUGACAAUGAUGAUGAUAAUGGUAUUGAAAAUGUCUAUGAAGAGAGAAUAUUAAAUGCAAAUGAAAAAAAUGAGGAGGGCAAGAAAAUUCGUAUAUUGUUACCUGUCAAGACUAAGGAAGGAGUGAUAAAGAACCGUAUUGUAGAAGAAAUACGUGAUGAUUUAAAAAUUCAAAUGGAUAGUAAUACGGAAAGCAGUGAUGGUGAAAGAGAAGAAGAAUUUGAAAUUGGAUCAGUGGAUAAUGUGGUGGAUACAAAGGAUAAAGUAACGACAGUUGAACUUUUAGCUUGUCGUGAUGAAAUUUUAAAAUCUCGAAAACUUAAAAUUGGAAUUUUAUCAAGCAGUCUAUUGGAGAAUCCACAUGCAAAAGCCCACAAUUUUAAAGUACUUUUGGAUUUUCUAGACGAGACUAAUCCAGAAGUGUGUAUUACUGUUAAGAAAUUGACAAUAGUAUCUCUUGUUGAAGUAUUCAGAGAUUUAUUACCAGCCUAUUACAUUAAUACGGAAGCUAGAGAGGAUGGUGUUAGAUACAAAAAGGAAACGCUGGAAUUGAGGAAUUAUGAGGAAAUACUCGUUCGUAGCUACAAAAAUUAUCUACAAAAAUUGGAAAAAAUGGCUGGCAUACUGAGAAGGAAAAGAGGUGACACAAGAGUGUUGGAUAAUUUUCAAGUUGAACUAGGUCAACUGGCUGUUACCAGUCUGUGCCAAUUACUCACUGCACAUCCCUAUUUCAAUUAUUCAAUAAAUAUUGCCAAUUUUUUAGUUCCACUGUUGGACAAUCGAUAUGAGAAAGUACGGGAAAUAAUUUUUCAAUGUUUCUCACAGAUAUUUACUGAUGAUAAACGCGGUGAAAUCUCAUUGGCUAUUGUUAGAAAAUUGAAUCACUACAUAAAACAGCAUGAACAAACUGUCAAUUGUGAAAUUAUUUCAGUUUUAUUAUCUCUGAGAAUCAAAGAUGUCAAUUUGGAUCAAGAAAGAAGAGAAGAAACUAGGCAAAAAAAAUUAGCCAAUCAUAAACAGAGAGUACUGGCACUGAGUAAAAGAGAAAGAAAGAAAAAUAAAAAAUUGGCUGAAAUUGAAAAAGAGAUGUUGGAAACACAGGCUACCGAAAACAAGAUGAAGAAAGACAAAAUUCUCACUGAAAUAACUAGCAUUGUAUUUACAAUUUACUUCAGAAUCCUCAAACGAACACCAAAUAAAAAAAUUCUAUCGGUGUGUCUCGAGGGUUUAGCUAAAUUUGCUGCCUGCAUUAAUUUGGAGUUUUAUCAAGAUCUCGUUAAUGUCAUAAAUUCACUAAUGAAGGAUAGCAAUCUAGGACAACGGGAACAGCUUCAUUGUAUUCAAACUGUCUUCACAAUUCUUUCUGGCCAAGCAUCUACUUUGAGUAUUGAUUCCUAUGUAUUUUACAUUCAUCUUUACAAACAACUGUUUAAUAUUCAUGCUGGAAAGACUCACGAUGAUUGUUACAUUGCUAUCAAUAUUCUUCUUCAAGUGUUGAUUAAUAGGAGAAAAAAUGUAUCCCAAAAUAGAUUGAUUGCAUUUGUUAAAAGAAUAAUGACUAUUGCUCUGCAAAUGCAGCAUCAUGGUACACUUGGACUCCUCGGUCUUAUCAAAUCAAUCAUGCAGCUCGACAAAAAUCCUCAUCUUUUAUUAGAUACCGACAAUACUUCUGGUGAUGGAUUUUAUCAAGCUGAAUUAGACGAGCCUGAAUACUGUAAUGCACAUCGUAGUGCUCUUUGGGAAUUGACAGCUCUCCAGAGACAUUAUCACAGUAUUGUGCAGAAGAUGUCACGGUACAUCGCUUGUCGUGUUCCAGCAACCGGUGAAGGAAUCUUGCCAAUGGAAAUUUCAAAACUGUGUCCAUCAGAAUUAUAUGAGACCUAUGAUUCUAGCGGUGUGACUUUCAAACCUGCCGUUCAAGUUCCAAAGAAAUCAUCUGUCUUAAAAAUUAUUAGAAAUUGGCAAUGUCAUAAUGGUGAAUUUGAAGAUUACAUUAAAUUAAUAAAAUCGAGGAGUGCUUCAACGGCACGAGAAUUCAUCGACUUUUCAGCAGAAAUUUUCUAACUGAUUAAUAAAUUAAAAAGUCAUGUUUGUUUUAUAUAAAAAUAAUAAUAAUAAUAAUAAUCAUCA